AUGGGGCGAGUCCAUGCCAAGGGUAAUCUACCAUUUUCCGCCUUGGUAUCCAAUUUGGUUGCUGCUGCUGGUGUUCCUUGCGAUGCUAAGGACAUGAAGGCUACAAUUCUGGCAAAGGGCGAUAUCGUCCCGAGCGGGAAAUAUCUUCAGCCUCCCAUGGAUGCCACGAGCCUUGACAUCGCCCCUCCUCCCACCAUUCCUACUACUUCGUCGACACCACCAAAGUCAACCCAUCAAUUGCUUGUAGAGCUCCAUGAGAAGAUAAAUCGAUAUGAACGGCGAAACAAACGCCGAUUUGCUUACAUGAAGAAGCUUUGGAGUUGCGUCAACCCGCCUAUGGAAGAGCCGAACAUUUCCACAUCCGAUUCAGACAACAGUGAAGCAAGCACUCAAAGCACGGAUGAGGGAAGUGGCGACCCGAACCCCCUUUGCAAAGAAAGAAACAAAAGCAAAAAAGAGAGAGAGGCUGAGUUGCGGCUGAGGAGAGGAGGGAAGCUCACUGCGUCGCACUGCCACAACAGGCCAUGCCGCCAGGGUCACCGUCGCCAAGCCUCCUCGCCGUCGCAUCGCCGCCGAAGCUCCCUGUGUUGCCACUAUUCGCGCAGAGGAGGGUUUAAGGGAGCUGGUGCUGCCACCGUGCCCAGCCGUCGAGCCACGCGUUGUUGCCAUCCUUGCGUUGCCAUUGUCGUCGCGGAGGAAGGAACCCAGAACAGAGAGGUGCACGAAGGAGAGAAGCUUGCGGCUAGCCUUGUCGCCGCCACUGCUUCCGCGUCUUCCAACGGCGCUGCUGUCGCUGCCGUGAAUUACGGCCAGAGGAGGAGCGAGAGACCAGGAGAGGGAGGCGUGUCGUGCUCUGCUGCAGUCGAGCCAGCCUUGUUGCCUCCGCUGCUGGGGGUUGCUCCCGUCACUGUCACCGGUGAGAAGGAGAGGGCAGUGCGGGAGAAACAGAGCGCGAGGGAGAAGCCGGCUCCGCCACUGCCUUUCUGGAUGCCACAUGUUCCUCUGCCACUGCUAAAGGUGAGCUACCGGAACCCUCUGUUGCCCAGGAAACCACCACUAGGACCACUGCUAUGUUGGGGGUAAGCUCUCCCCUGUUUCUGCUUCCUAGUUCUGCUAAUUCAAUCUUACUUUGAGGCUGUCAUUGAAACUGUUUGUGCUUAAUUAAUGGUUAUAGUAGGUGACAUCGCCGCUGCCAUUUUUGGAGAUAGUUGCUGGCUUUGUGUGGAGAUUUCUGUUGCAACUAGUAUUUAUUUCGGGACUGUUUUAUCUGCCGUUGGAAUCUCUAUUAGCUUGUCCUGUGCUGUUGAGUCACCACCGAUGCUGAGAAUAGGUGGUGGGAACUGCUAACGGAGCAGGCUGAGUCGCGGUGAUUCCGGCUACCAAGGGUGGUUCUGUGGUUAUCGGAACCACUGCUGAAGCUUCUGUCCUUUGGUUCAAUUAGUAUUCUUUAGUUACCGAUAUGGGCGCAGAAGUCACGAGAAGUUUAUUUA